CCUGGGCGUUGUCUUCUGUUAUUACUGACUACUGUGUUAAUUAUGCCCCCGAUAAGGGCUUGUGACGUGUGCUUCAAAAGAAAGAUAGAAUGCUGUCGACCUGGCCCUAGCCUACCCUGCAAUUGGUGCAGUCAUCAAAAGUUGGCAUGUACAGUUACUAGAGAAAAACGAACAACUUCUGUGAACAGGAUUAAGCGCGUAGACGCAAACAAGCUGCUAGAUCGAAUCAGACAUCUGGAAGAUGCCCUCGCACAGGCCAAUGCACUUCAGCAUUUACAUGCAGGUGAAAGACCGAGAGAGCAAACUUCUCAGGAUUCGGACCCUGCAGGACAAUAUAGUCCAUCUUUCGAAGAUGAUAUUUACGCACACAUUGUUCUUAUAGCUCGUCUCUUUGGACGGAACUGGUAUCAUAGAGGAAUGCCAAUCAUCUCAGAAAAUGGCCUGAAUUGGAUUGCUUCCAGAACUGACCAGGAUACGACAACAUUAAAGUUUUAUUUGCCGAGAGCUGGUUCUGGCCAACCGAGCUGGAGCUUUUCAGCCUUUCAGGUACACGCUCCCGUUGGAGAACUGUGGGAUCUGCCUGAUAGAGACUUGGUGUACAAGUCCUUUGAGUCUCUCUCAAGCUCUUACUUUCUCAUACUAUUUCCUCUUCUUGAUAAAGUACUUCUUGAAGAGACGAUAAACACAGCCUACCAAACUUUUGAAGGGGUACACGCUUCUCAGACUCAUGUGGCAGCACGAGCGUGCCUUUGGGCGGCCUUUGCCGUCUUGGCCCAUUUGAGAAUUUCUGAAGAAUUCUCUGCGACCUUUAGUAGCGGGGUGUGUGCAGCGAGGGCGCAGUGGUUUCUGGGUCUCCUCGAUGGACCCGCUGAUUUGUUAACUCUCCAAACAUUAAUGUUGUUGCACAAGUACAGAACGGCUGUUGGCCAGUGCAGUAGUCCUGAAGCGUUGCAUUCAACUGUUUGCCGAAUGGUAUGUGAGCUUGAUGGGCACUUACAACAUCCGGCGAGUCCUGAGAAUUCCCACCUUGGGCGCCGACGAGACCAUAUACGGAAGCUGUUCUGGCUAUGCUAUAUAUCAGAUAAGGAUCUAGCCCUCCUAUCUAGCCUACCUCCUGUCCUCACCAAUGAGUACUGCGAUCUUAGCGUGCUUAAUAACGAACACUUGAAUCAUGAUGCAUUUCUACAAUCAUCUAGUGCUGCUACUGAUACCGACAAUAUCGACGCCAUUGCUUGGAAUAGAGUAAUCCCCUUUCUACCAGGCGACCCGCACCUCGGAAUGUUGAAAGAGAGAAUAUUUCGGCUACUUUAUUCGCCUUCUGCGCUGAAAAUUAUUGACAGUGAGCUGCUCACUCGCAUUCGCCAGCUAGAUGACGAGCUUGAGAGCUGGCGAUUGUCUGUUCCCCCAGCACUCCGCCCCAAGCUAUCAAUUCUUCCAGGUCACGGUGUACCGUCUGCUACCAAUUUUUUAACUUAUUUGAGAUCAGUUCAGCUACAGCUGGAAUAUCAUUACCUUCUUACCAUUAUUCACACACCAGUUAGGAGAUUUGGGGCUGCUCAAGGCGCAGAUACUAGCCCACCCGAAGACCUUCACAGCGCGAUGCAUUCAAGUAUCGACUUAUCCCUGGAGGCCAGCCGCUCUACUCUAAAUCUACUCAAUGGGCCAAUAGCGAUGCUUAAACAAGAGAUCUUCUGGCAUGCCAUCAUCUACCCGCUUGUAGCAGCCAUGUCGUUAUUCGUCAAUAUACUCAUACACCCUGUUGGUGCUCAAGCAGUGGCUGAUGUAGAAUCGCUUGCUUUGGCGUCAAAGGUACUCAACAGGCUACGAACUCAAACCGUUACGAAUUACGAAACAAAACACAAUGAACAGGCAGGCAAAUUUGUUGCAGAACUGUUAAAAUUAGCGAACGGCGCUAUUUUGAAAGCAAAUGGAGUCUCAGCACUGGACAGGCCACCCACCAAAUAAGAUGGAACACUAAGUAAAUAUUAAUCUGCCGCCAAGGCAUGAUCGCUGCUCUGUUUUAUGGAGAGAUUGAGAGUUUAUCAUAAUACUCAAUACGCCUCACGAUAUUUGCAUAUUGGGGUGGCUGGUGGCAGGUUGUAUGUCCUGGCAUUGCCCGUGUUAGUGGCGAAGCCCUCGCUGGUGUCAGCCUAACAUGCCACAACUGAAUGG